AGGGAGGAGAGGCUGCCCGGGUGUGGGGGCUCGGUGAGCCUGUUCUGAGAAGGAACAGAUCUUCACUUAAAAGAAACGUAUUUGUGCUCUAGAAGGCUAAAUAUAGAUGCAGGUACGGGAGCAAACAGGCCUGUCAGCAGCUGGGGGCAAGUCUGUAUCAUUAAGAAAAAAUUCAGCAGGAUGGGUGGAUGCUGCUUGAGAAAAGAAACGCUCUGUAGGAUAUAACAGGCAAUGCUAUCGACACCUCGUAGGUGCGUGGAGGUUAUUAUUCAGGGUACAAGCCGGAUUAAUGAUUUUCAGCACUGCGCAGGAUGCGCGCCGUUUGUAACUGAGCGUUGCUCAAGGCUUCAUAGCUGGGAAGAGCUUUGCAAAUUAAGUCCUGCUGCAACAAGUUUCGGAGGACCUGAUGUAAACACCGCUCCCUUUCCUGCCUCCUGCUUGGCUGCUCUGAACGCAGCUUUUCCCGCUGCUUUUGCUGCAGCGUUUCCCUGAGCAGAACCAGGGGUGACUUUCCCGUAGGAAUUUGUCUUCUGGCAGCCAUGAGGGGGGUCAGACAUGGUCUGGAGCUGAGCCCCCUCCCCACGUACCCAGGUGUCUUCGUGGGCAGCAGCAGUCCUGGCACAGAGGCAAGUUCUCCGAGCAGCAGAAGGGCAGUGUUUUCUUCCAAACCGCCCAUCGAAUUUUGGUCAAAAUAGCUUAACCUUGGAAGUUCUGCUUUUGCCCACAUCUCCCCGGCAGGACUCGAGGCUGUUUCAGUUCAGUGCAGCAGCUGCAAGUGCGGAAGAGGUUUACGAAGUUAAUUUUUCACUGGCUGCCUGCGCAUGUUGCAGUGUUACAGGAGGGUUUAAGGAGGCCAAGCGAGGGUCAGGAUUGCCCCCUGCGAGGUACUGCCCUGAGCCAGGAAAUUACAGAGAUUUUUAAAAUAAACAGUUCCAACCCCUCCUCCUCCUGUUCCCAAACUUUGAAGAGCUUUUCCUGUCUGAGCUGUCCCUGAAACGACUGCGCUUGCCAGGAGUUGAGGUGUAAAUCAGCACUGCAGCUGGACAGGAGUCAGGCUGUCUUCUUCAGAACUUGUCUGAGCAAGAGCAGGUUGUUCUGUGCAGCGGUGUCCUGGAGUUUGGCUGCAUCAUGGCAACGGUCAUCACCGAAAAGCUUAGCCGCCUCUUCAUUAACGUGCGGCAGGUCCCUCAGCUGAUGGCCCCCCUCUCCCCUUCCACCGUCAGCAGCUCGGAGGUGCCGAAGGUCUUCUGGAAGCCCUACAUCCACACCGGCUACCGGCCGGUGCGGCAGACCUGGUGCUAUUACUUCUCGACACUCUUCCAGCAGCACAACGAGGCCAUCAACGUCUGGACCCAUCUGGUGGCAGCACUGAUCCUGCUGCUGCGGUUCCAGCAGCUCUCGCAGCGGGUGGAUUUUGGGCAGGACCUGCACGCCCAACCCCUCCUCAUCAUCAUUGUGGCGUCCAUCACCUACCUGACGUUCAGCACCCUUGCUCACCUUCUGCAGGCCAAAUCUGAGUUCUGGCACUACAGCUUCUUCUUCAUGGACUACGUGGGGGUUGCCAUUUACCAGUACGGCAGCGCUCUGGGGCACUACUACUACGCUAUCGAGCCAAGCUGGCACGAGAAGAUCAAGGGGUUUUACAUGCCGGCGGCCGUCCUGUUAGCGUGGCUGUCCUGCGCCGGUUCCUGCUAUGCCAAGUACCGGUACCACCAGUCCGCUUGCCUUCUGAGCCGGCUCUGCCAGGAGCUGCCCUCCAGCCUGGCGUAUGUGCUGGACAUCAGCCCCGUGGUCCACCGCAUCUACACCGCGCCGCCCUCUGAGCGGGCUGACCCGGCCCUUCUGUACCACAAAUGCCAGGUGCUGUUUUUCCUCAUCGGUGCCUUUUUUUUCUCACACCCUUACCCUGAGAAGUGGUUCCCUGGGAAAUGUCACUUUUUUGGGCAGAGCCAUCAGAUUUUUCACGUGUGCCUGGUACUCUGCACGCUGGCGCAGAUCGAGGCAGUGGUGUUGGACUAUGAAUCCAGGCGACAGAUCUAUUCCACUCUUCAGGGUGAUUUGGCGCAUAACUUCUCUGCCCUGUGCCUCUUCACUGUGACCUGCUCUGUCCUCACAGCUGCUUACAUGGCCCGGAAGGUGAAGAACAAGUUGAGCUUCAAGGAAGAGUAAGAGCCCUGAAGGAGAAGCAGGUGACCUUACCUGAAUGGUUCAUCUCCAGCCAGCUGUGGUGAUGCUGGCACAGAUCUGGCCACAAACUUUGAGGAGAAAAGGAGUGAAAUGCUUCAGGAACUAGUGGUCUCUAUAGGGAGGGAAAGUAAGAGCUGCAUUUUAUGCUUUUUUACUUCAGAAUUAGUUCCAGCUCGCUCUUAAAAUGGUACACUGGUUUAAUUCACAUGUCUGAAUAAACAGUGGGAACAAAA